GUUAGAUUUAAUGGUCAUUGGUUCACAUGCAGCGGAACAGAAGCGAGAGCUGGAGAGGAAGCUACAGGAAUUAAACAGGAGACAACAGCAGCUUAACACAUCUGUGGGAGGAAACAUUUCUCCCAGGUAUGACCAGGAAAUCAUCACGGCUAACGGCCAAGUUUAUCAGCAGCAGCAAGGAAUAAAGGCCCCAGUACCAUUGUCAGGGUACCCCCAGGCCAGCCAAGGCCCUCAGUCCCAGUACACAGGCUUAACACGUCCAGUUCAGAAUGGGCAGUCAUUAAGUGAAGUAAGACAGACAUCCCAGGGGUAUAAUGUUCCUCCAGCAAGUGGGCCACCCUUGCUGAAUGGGCAGACGACUCUUAAUGGGCAGAUGUGGGCAGAGCCACCUCAGUCCAUACGUUCUCAGGUUUCCAUGGCAUCGGUCUCCUCUCACAGUUGGGUAGAGCCCCCUUCUCUUUCUCAGUAUACCAUUCCAUCCAGUUCAUCCAUUCCAAAUGCUCAGACUGCCCCACCAUUUUCAUAUUUUUCUGUUACACCCUCUGUUACAAUUGCUGCUUCUGUCCAACCUCACGUGAGUGCUAGUCAGCCGACCAAUGUUCGUUCUGUGGCACCUGGAACGUUCAUUACCCCUUCACUGCCAAUUCCUUCCACAAUCUCCAUGACAGUGCCAACACAGUCACAACUACAAGCAGAACACAUGAGGAAAGUGAAAGAAUACCAGCAACAACUUCUACUCAAGCAUGAACAGAGCAAGAGGGUCCUGGCUCAGACCAGGGCAGAAAUCGAGAGACGAAGACAAGAACUUCUCCAAAGGUUUCCUCAGCUAGAGUUCAAGUCUCCAGUGGAUGGCUCUGUAAAGCCGGCAGAAAACGGAUUCAGUGAAGAUGUUCAAGUAACCAGUCAAGGGGAACCUAAGCUUCUGACCUCAAAAACUCUCUCUCCAAAUAGGGCUGCCAUGACCUCUCUUCUAUCUCAGUUAGCAAGUAACCCAUAUUACUCUGCCAGACUCUCUGGACCAGCAGAGGAACAAGAACCCUCGGAAGCCAAAGCAGAGAACGGAAAAAAUAAAUUUCAAAAGGUGAGGAAGUCCCUGCCAUUCGAUGCUGAUGAUACAAUCCACGAGACGCCAGGGAAACCAGGAAGAUCGCCGCUCUACCAACCAAGCCCAGGCUCGACCACCGCUAACGAGACCACAGACCUGAAUGACACCACCAUGUCAUCCUCGACUGAGAGGGGGAGUCCAGCAUUACCAGGGAGGAGAUCAGGUACCACCACAGCGGAGUCUGAUCUCUCCCUCUUCAGCACCGCCAAGGAGAGGAAUGAUCUCUUUGAGCAGAGACAGCUGGAGCUGAGGCGGCAGCUAGAGGCCAUACAGAGACAGAAGGAGGAGAUUCUACAGCGCCACCAGGUGGUGCAGAGAAAGCUACCACCUCAACAGCUGGCACCGCCUAAAGAUCAUCUACUAGACUCAGAGGAAGAUUCUUCUGAACUGGAGUUUUCUGAUGACCAAUCACCCUUGGCUGAUAAACCAGGUCAAAGGUUAGCCCCUCCCAAUAAAAUGGCAACACUACUAGGAGACCACAGGCCUCAUGAACUUAGUACUAUUCACGAAGUGGAGACUUCCCCCUCUAGUGCUAGACAUUCCGGAGUCGCGGCAUCCAGUCGCCACAGUCUGUCCUCCACUGAGCGGAGCUCUAUAGAAAGCACCCAGCCCCCACCGCGCGUGGAACCAGCCAUCACACCUACUGACAGACGGCCGGCCGAGGACACAGGGUAUAAGACGGCCCAGCUGGACGAAGUGAUGGCGACGGCAUCAGAGUUCUCUCCUGGGGUACUGGACAGGCUGAAGCAGAAAACCAACGACGUGUUUUAUAAUCUGAAGGAGGACGACUCGGCAGACUCGUAUAAGAUGAUGAACUACACACCAGACUCUCUCUCUACUGGAGCUUUGGAAGAACUGAAUGUAUCUUCAACUCUCUCUACAACUCCAGGAUCAAUCUCCAUGGUAACACCUGGCUCCGAAAAAUUGUCAGGAGUUCCAAUGAUUCAAGCUGCCAGAAACCAAAGCGACAGCACGGAUGGGUCAAUCCGAAGUUCUAAAUCUUGGGCAGAUGAACUUGUGUCAUUUCAUAAACUCCAACCCGAGAGAGCUUCCGUUGAAUCGAAUUCCAGGUCAGUGAAGGAGUCAGCAGAUAAUGCUCCACAUACAGCCCCUGUGGACAGGAGUUACAACGUCGUUCACAUGAGGCAGGGCAAAGUUUCUAUGGAAUUUGUCAAGGUUGGUUCCGACAUGGAUCUGUCGCAGUACCCAAUAUCGGAGUCCAGUGAUAAAUCAGAUCGAGGUGUUUUGUCCCCGGCCGGCAGACUGGAAUCAGAGCUAUCCCAGUAUCCAAUUUCAUCGGAGGUCUCGCCGAGCAGUCAAGACAAUGGCAGAAACAACAGAGUAUCUCCACACGAAAAGGACAGUGAACUUAAUCCAGCAAGUCUGGCCUCCACAUCCGAGAGCACCAGCAGCUACUUGGAUUUAAAGAUGGAUAAUAGCACCAUGGGAACCAGGGAAUUUGAUUUCAUUGGACAGAGCCGUGUUCAGAUUAUACCUGACAACACUUCAGGGGAAUUUGUCUCUCCCGAGGCUCAUUCUUAUGAUGUCAGUGGUAAAGUAGACUAUGCUAGUACACCCAAUUAUAAAUCAGUGCAACAAUCUACAAAGAGACUGUCCCAGAUUUCACAAUUCACGACUUCUCCAGAAGAAACGGAAAUCCAGGCCGGAUCGUCAACAUUUCCACGGUCAGACGGACAGUUUCGAGCUCUCUCGCUUCACAUGGAUGACUCCGAACAUCAGUCCCCGGCCCAGCCUUUAGCCUUCACCAGGGCCUCGGGUCACGGAGGCCUCUCUCGGGUCUCGGAGGUGGGAGAGAGUCAGACGUCAGACCAGAGUAACCGGUCAGAUUACAAUCUUCUGUCCAAGCUUCCAGAUGAGUCAUCUCUCAGUCAGUUCACUGUGACCACCACUGACCAAUCCUCCAAGGAUGACCUGUCCUUGACCCAGAUAACAGUGAAUACAGACUAUCCAUCAAAGGCACUGGGAUCCUUGACCCAGUUUUCAUUCAAGUCCAGUCCUGAUGUCCAUGCUAAAACGGAUUCUUCUCUGAGUCAGUACAGUGUUGAUAGUCCUGGGGCUCAGAACAUGUCUGAUAAAUCGGGCAGGAACACUUCAUCUUCCUUGAGCCAAGGAGAGGAGGAUGAGAGUUUUGUGGCUCAGAAGUUUGCUAACUUAGACCAGUUGAUUCAAGAGUCUCGAGACUUGAUAACCAAGCACAAGCAGCUUAUUACUAAGAAUAAGGAGAUUGGUCAGUCAGGUUCAGGGGGCGUGUCUAGUGUUUUGACCACCCCAGAGAGUCAAAACGAGGCUACACCAGACAGCUUAGUCAUGAAACAGAUGUAUUCUGCCAAUAUUGAGAGCACAAUGGAACUCAGUGCAGACAAUCACCCGAGUUACAUGGAGAGUAGCAGUUUUCAACAGCUGACAAUGGAGAGUGGUAUCAUGGAUGAACCUGAUUUGACCUUGCUGUCUGUGACCUCUGACCUUGCAGGACAGGACAACACAGAGGACAUUACAGGGGAAUUAACUCAUCGGUCCGACGGAACCAGCGGGGGAGACUCAAUCUUGUCUUUCGAGCAACACGAGCAAAGUUUACGGAGUUCUCCUGACAGAGAAAUCAGCGAGAGCUACUUCCAAGAUUUAGCAGUACCCCGAACCAAUGACAACAACAAUGCAUCCCGCCCCGUGGCCCCAGUACAGAGGGAUGCUGGGGAUGAGAAUGUCUUCCGAGCUGUCCCUGUCAUGGUCAGCCCCACCCUCUCCCUCUCCAUGAAGUUCAGCAGCUCAGACAUCAAGGUCACCAAACCCCCUGUCUCCUGGUCAAAAGAACCAGAGGAAAACGAAACUAAAUCAGACCAGAAACCCAAACGCAAAUCUGACCCACUGAUCAGUAAGGUCCAAGAGCAGAAGUCCGAGCUUGAGAAAAUGGCCUCAGAGGCCAAACAGAAGGGACAGAAAUCCUCAGGUCUAAAUAAAGCCCUACAGCCCCGGGGUGGGGGAUCAGGGGCACCUACUCAGGGAAAACUAGGGGCCAAAUCGUCCAGUAAAGAGAGCAGUAAGCCAAUCAGCCUGGGUCAGUUCAUCAGCUCCAGGAAGGAGGGGUCGACACUGAUGGGGAAGAAAUCAGACAAUAAACCCGUCCCGCUGCCAAAACCCCAGAGACCCGGGACAGGGGCCGUGAAUGGAGGGACGGGUAUGUCUAAAACCCUGUCCUCCUGGAAAAAGAGCCGAGGAAUCAAGUCUACAGUUCCCCCUCCCACCAAGUCCAGUGACCUCCCCUCGGCCUCCUCCAAAUCCUUCCCCUCCCAGAGACCAGCCACGGCCCACAGCUCUGAGGACAGGAUGUACGAACGCAACGUCAGGGCAUACAAUCCUCGAUUGUUUAGGUUACAAAAUAAAAUUGCCCACCAAGAGAACCAGCUGUCCAAAUCAGAGGAUGAUCACAAACAGAAAUCCUCUUCCCAUACAGAAAAAGUCAAAGAGUUCCAAAAGGACUAAAACGUUAAGGUGUGCAAAACUUCAAGAAAACAUGAUGAAAAAGCAGCUGAUGAAGAAGCACCAGUCUAAAUAAGGGGAGGAUCCAAGCAUAACAAGAAGACAGGAGCGGAUCUAAGAUUUUAUUGGACAUUAUUUGUAUAGCUGACAGUAGAAUUGUAAAUACGAUACUUAUUUAUUGUGUGUGCUAGGUGCUGAAAACAUGCAUUUACAGACAUGUGAUGGGUCUACAGUCUAUUUUUAAGAGGAAAUUUUGUUAAAAACACAGUUUUGUUGUCUUUUCCUGGGUAUAAAACAUUUUAUUAAAAUUUGUGUCAAAAUAUUAAUUCUUGUACGUUGAAAUUACAUGUAAAUGAUAAAAAAUAAAGAAUUCUAAUAAAGAUAUAUUUCUCUAUUAAUGGACAUCCUACAAAUAUAUUUAUGUAAUUAUAUAUAUUUAUAUGAAAACUUAUGCUAAUAACUGGUAUUUGAUUAAUUAUUAUCUUGAAUGAAUAUUUUGAGUAAUUAAGAAGAAUAUCUGAUAUGGUAUGAAACUUUUAUAACAUACUUUAGGAGAUUGAUAAUUUAUAAAUGUAGUAGUAACUUGUAGGGAACUUUUGCAAAUUUUCCAUAGGGUCUGACAGUGAAACAUAUAUAUCUUGAUGCUCAAAUAGACACCUGCACAAAUCUAUGUAUAUACCUCCAAUACAGGUUAGAGGGUGAAACAGGGGUUGUGUGACUGUGGUUUUACUGUAGUGAGAUUGUCAAUUACUGUCAGAGUCUAAAACUUCACAAAUAUUACGCAGCCAGACUUUUAUUGUAUUAAUAUGUACCUUGUAUAUGUAUGUAAAUUUUCUGGUUAUCUGUGAUAUGUAAAGUUUAAUAUUUUAAUGGAGAUAUUAAAUUUCAAACACUCAA